UGAUGAUCAUUUUUUUCAAAAAAACUCAAGCUUGUAUCUUUUUUCCCUCACUCAGGUCACGCUCAUCUUCGCCUUCUUCUUCAUGUUCCUAGAUCUAGAAUAACGGUUGAGCUUUUCCUUUCACUCUCACCAAAGCAACCUAACGCACCCUCCAAAAAAUCUGAAACUCCAUUCACCAACAUUGCAUUUGAAACUAGACACAAAAACAAUGAGUUCCCAGACUCAUACUCGAACCUCUAAACCCACAACAAAACCCUCUCAACAACAACACUCUUCAUCAAAAACACCACAAUCACACUCACACUCUUCUUCAACGCCUUCAACAACAACAACAAAUGCUUCGUCUCUAUCUACCCACCUUGCUAUGGUGGAACUCAAGCAGAGGAUCCUAACUUCCAUUUCCAAGCUCUCGGACCGAGACACACACCAGAUCGCAAUCGAAGACCUCGAAAAGACCAUUUUGACCCUCUCCCCUGAAUCAAUUCCAAUGAUACUCAACUCCCUAUACGACGCCGCAUCAGCUGACCCUAAACCCGCCGUCAAGAAAGACUCUCUCCGCCUCCUCACCUUUGUUUGCGCUUCCCAUCCCGACGCCGCCGUCCCUCACCUUACGAAGAUCCUCGCUGCCGUCGUUCGCCGCCUCAAGGACGCUGAUUCCGGCAUCCGUGAGGCGUGCCGUGAGGCAGUUGGAGCACUUGCCGCUCAGUAUUUGAGAGGAGGAAGCAAUGGCAAUGGUAAUGGUGGUGGUGAUAAUGGUGCUGGAGCUGGUUCGGUUGUGGCGUUGUUUGUGAGGCCGUUGUUUGAGGCGAUGGGAGAGCAGAACAAGGGAGUUCAGGCUGGUGCCGCGGCUUGUUUGGCGAAGAUGGUGGAAUCCGCCGGCGGCGAUGGUGGUGGUGGUGGGGCGCUGGUGCCGGCGUUCCAGAAGAUUUGUCCAAGGAUCUGUAAGCUGCUUGGAAGCCCUAAUUUCUUGGCGAAGGCUGCAAUCUUGCCUGUUGUUUCCAGCUUGUCACAGGUUGGAGCAAUUACACCACAAAGCUUGGAACACUUGCUUCCUAGCAUUCAUGACUGCCUUACCAGUACUGAUUGGGCAACACGUAAAGCAGCGGCUGACGCAUUAAGUUCCUUGGCUCUGCACUCUAGGGGUUUGGUUGCCGAUGGAGCAGCAUCUACGGUAGCAGUACUGGAGGAUUGCCGGUUUGACAAGAUAAAACCUGUGAGAGACAGCAUGACGGAGGCAUUGCAAUUGUGGAAAAAUAUUGCAGGGAAAGGAGAUGGAUCCCCUGAUGAUUCAAAGCCUGUAUCUGGUGAUGGUGACAAAUCUAGUGCAUCUCCUUUACCAGAAACAAGUGCAAAAUUAAAUCUUGGGGACAGGAAGAUUGAUCCUUCAGCAAAGGAGUCGCCCGCAGGUACUUCAGAUGUGGAUUCCACUGGCAAAGCAAAAGCAGCUGGCAUCUCAGAGAAAGCGGUUGUAAUAUUAAAAAAGAAAGCACCUGCCUUAAGUGAUAAAGAAUUAAACCCAGAAUUUUUCCAGAAACUUGAAAGAAGGGGUUCGGAUGAUUUGCCAGUGGAAGUAGUUCUUCCUCGGAGAGGUCUCAAUUCUUCAAGCUCAAACAAUGAGGAGGAAUCUGGGGCUAAUGCUAAAGAUUCAAAAGAGAGAAACAUCCCCAAUCACAUGUUAGACAGAGGCAAUGAUAGAAAUUCCAAACAACAUAGUUUUGAUGAUUUUGCACCUGAUAAGAGGAUGAAUGCAAAAGAACUGAGGGCAAAAGCAUUUGAUACUGAUGAUAGAACUGAAAUUGAUCAAAGGGAGGGUUCUUCAAAUCUUGCCGGUCAAUCAGAAGUAUCCUUCUCCAAUAACAGGGGAAACUGGUUGGCCAUCCAGAGGCAGCUACUGCAGCUAGAAAGGCAACAGGUUCAUUUGAUGAACAUGCUGCAGGAUUUCAUGGGUGGAUCUCAUGAUGGCAUGGUGACACUAGAGAACAGAGUUCGAGGUCUAGAAAGAAUUGUUGAAGACAUGUCACGUGAUUUAUCGAUAUCAUCUGGUCGUAGAGGUAGUAACUUCACAGGGUUUGAGGGGUCCAGUAGGCCUUCUAGCAAGUAUAAUGGUUUUAAUGACUAUUCCACUGCUAAAUAUGGAAGAGGUGGUGAUGGACGUACUCCAUUUAGCGAAAGAUUUUCUCAAGCAGAUGGAAAUGCAUUAGGUAUGAGGGGAAGAGGGCCAUCUUGGAGAUCUGACACGUCUGAGGGAUGGGAUUUUCCUGGGUAUGGUGCUUCCAGAAAUGGGCAGAUUUCCACACGGAGGGCUUUUGGUGGUAGUUCUGUUGAUGCGAGAUCACCAAAAUCAGUUCCUGAAGGUGAUCAAGGGGGCAGCAGGAGAGCUUGGGAUAAAGCAGCACUGCCCAUUCGGCUUGGAGAGGGGCCUUCUGCAAGAAGUGUCUGGCAAGCUUCCAAGGAUGAAGCUACCUUGGAAGCGAUUCGAGUUGCUGGGGAGGACAAUGGAACAGCUCGAGCAACAAGAGUUGCAAUCCCCGAAAUGACUGCAGAAGCUAUGGCUGAUGACAAUGUUGGACAAGAUAGGGAUGCCAUCUGGACUUCUUGGAGCAAUGCAAUGCAUGCCCUUCAAGUGGGUGAUAUUGAUUCGGCCUUCGCAGAAGUGUUAUCCACUGCAGAUGAUCUUUUGCUUGUAAAACUUAUGGAUAGAACGGGUCCUGUAAUUGACCAACUUUCAAAUGAGAUUGCAUGUGAGAUUAUGCCUGCCAUCGGACAAUUCUUGCUGGACCAGAACCUGCAUGAUAUCUGUUUCUCUUGGAUUCAACAGUUGUUGGAGAUAGUGUUCGAUAAUGGUCCCGAAACCUUUGGGAUUCCAAUGGAAGUUAAGAAAGAGCUCUUACUGAAUUUGCAUGAAGCUUCCUCAGCUGACACAGCUGAGGAAUGGGAAGGUAUGCCACCAGAUCAACUUCUAUUGCAGUUGGCCUCGGCCUGGGAAAUCGAUCUGCAGCAGCAUGACAAAUAGAGAGCAUACAAUGUUAUCUGUUAAAUUCUAUCAUAAGUUGACUUUUGAAUUGGAGUGAUUUCCUCGAGUCUCCACCGGAAAAAAAAA